GUACUGCGAAGUUCUUUGGUGUGUACUUGGGAAGUUUUGUUUGUUUACAACCGAAGAAAACAUUCUCUCAAACAUGCCGACUUAUGAAAUGCCAUUAUUAAUUAAAACACUUAGUCGGCCAGAAACAUUUGUUGUACUGAAACGUGCAAGUCAAACAAUAUUUGAUAAAGGUGGUGUCAUACGAAAGAUUGAAAAUCUUGGGACACGCCAGUUGCCUUUCAAAAUUAGAAAGCAUGGUCUUGUUGAGAAAAAAGCCAGUUACUUUUUGAUUGAGUUUGACACUUCACCAAAAACAAUAGACUACUUGAUUGACGAAUUUCACAGAGAUGUAGACGUCCUGCGUUCCAGGAUUUACAGGUCACAUGAAAAAGAAGAGUUUGAGUGCACAUUUGAAGAGGAGUGCCUGCCUGCAGCAUACAGGAAAGAUGUUCAGAAGUUGUUAGAAAUAGCAAAAAAAGAUGCAAAACCAAAGUUCAAACCAAAUACGUCUCUGGAUUACUAUCCAUUCAACAAGUAGUGAGGAAGAAACAUGAGAAUUUAGCAGCAGUUCUGUGAUAUAUUUCCACUGUUUUGUCAUUGGACAUCAGCUUUUAAGAAAAAGAAAGAAAUCUAAUUCCAAAAAUAUUAGUGGUUUUGGACAAUGCUCACAUUGUAAAGUGUCACAUUUAGAAGUCAUCAACUGAUAAUUUUUGUCAAAACUGAUGUGCUUUCAGGCAAUGAAAUGACAUAUUGUCCAGUACAUUAUUUUGUUUUAUUUUCAUUUGUUAAUUAGGUAUAACUGUAAUUUGAACUUGAGUUUGUUUGGUAGAGCCACCAUCACUUGAAAGUCAUGUAAUUUAUGUAACAUGCAGAAAUAGUGAGAAAUUUAAAAUUAAGUGUACACUCAAAAUAUUCCAAAGAAAAAUGGUGUCGUACUUGUAGCAGGAAGUACAAGAAAAGCUCUAAUUAAAACUUGUUUAUUAAUUGUUGGAUUCUACUUAAAUUUAAUGUGCACUGUUUGGUUGUAAUUACCUAAAUACUUCUGGAAACAGUUUACCUUACUUAAUUUGUUGUGUCACACUGAUUAAAUUUCAAUAAUAAGUUGUACAAGUGACUUAGGAGUCUAUAUGAUGAAAUAUGUUGAGUGAUACUAUUUUCAAUUAUUCAGAAAUUUAUAUGAAUAUCACUGCUUGUGAACAAGAUAUUAAAUUAAUCAAGAAGAGUCAGUUGAAAAUAAUGUUUAGUGUAAGUACAAGAGGUGGUCAUACCACCAUACUGUAAGUUAAUUUGCUUUUUGUUUCAGUAAAUAUUUGAAUGAUCAUAGCAUAUCUUUUCUGAACAUGUUAGGAUGAAGGUUCAGAGGAAUAGUUAUGAGAUUCACAUUUUAGUAGGGGCAGGAGUUUUAUUUGCUUUUUGAGUCUUACCUGAUAGACAGUCCUGCAAUGCAAAAUCCGGCAUUUGAGUUUCCCAGAGCCUUGUCAGAUAGAGUUGCUUACUUUGAGUCUUGCACCUGAUGUGUUGGGAUUUCCUAAUCUGCAUAAAGUGGUAUGUAGGGGAGUUACACAGGACAUACUUAAGUUGUGCCUACUACAUUCAUUUGGGGUUACGGAAUUUCCCUUGACUCUCUAUUUGCUUUAGAUAGUCUCCAAGGCCAGGUACCAUGCUACAAGAAGUCAUGGCACCAGGCAGCUCUUUCAGAGAAGUACUAUUGGGGGGAUGACCAAUAUGAGUGUUUGCAUUCUCCUCCAGAUGUUGUGUUUGAUGGAAAAGGUGGACUAGGCAGGAUUAAUUAAAGCUAAAAAAUGUCCUUUGUCAAUCUUGGUUCCACUGCAUGUAAUAAGUGCAUUCAAAAUAUUAAAAAGAUACAAGGGGAAACCAAUCAAAAGUGAUCAUAGAAGUUUAAUCAAUGGUACACACCUGACCUCCAAAAAAAUUAAGAACACGUCAUUAAUCUUUAUAACAGAUCAAAGAACAGUGAAGAAGAUGUACUUCAGUACUUUCAACUAUAGAAGAGGUACAGAUCAGAAAUUAUAAAACAGAGACAGAUGGAAAAUGAUAAUUGUAUGCAGCAAUCACAAAACAAAUGCAAGGCUGCUUGGAACAUUAUCAAAUCAUCUUGGUAAUACUAACAGAACUGCAUAUGAUAUGACCAGUAUCACACCCGAUGAAAUGAAUAACUUCUUUAUUAAUUCUGGUAACAAAGAACACCCAGCUCUUAAUAAACAUCUCGGGGGGGGGGGGGGGGGGGGCGAGAUAUUCGUAUUGCACAACAAACCUGCAAUAUCUACAUACCUAGAUUCACUGCCUGCGGACAGUACUGUGCCCAUUACAACUCCAUCCAACACCCCCAGCAUCAUAUGUUCAUUUCUUUGUUUAACCUUUGCAGAGAAACAACAGCCUUUCUUCCAUAUACUGGUGUCCUGUUAGGAUCGACUGUAUUAAGGAAAAUGAUACAGUGAACUCAUAUUCUGCUUUAGAUUGUUUGAGGGCAAUGUAAAAACUGAUUUGGGCUUCUGCAAGUCAGAAUUUUACUACAUCUCUUGCCAAUGCAGUCUGUCAUACACAUGGUAAACUGUCUGAAUUGUGGAAAAACAUUGCACUGGACAUGAGCAGCACGUAAGUUUAGGAUUUACAGACAGUGUCAGUAAAGAUUGUGAUGCUGACCACGG